AUGGCCGAGCAAAUGGUAUACGCUGUUGCUGAAAACCUCAUUAAAAGGUUGGCUUCUGCUGCUUUUCGUGAAUUUGGAAGGAUUUAUGGUGUUAUGGAUGAAUUGGAAAGUCUUAGAAGAACUUUUGAGCUCAUCAAAGAUGUGCUCCUUGAUGCCGAGGACAAGCAACAACAAAAUCGUGCCAUACAGAUCUGGAUAAGAAGACUCCAAGAUGAUGUGCUUCAUCCUGUUGAUGACUUGCUUGAUGAGUUUCUUAUUCAAGAUAUGAGUCACAAAACUCAAAAGAACAAAAUGACAAAGGUACUUCAUUCCUUCUCUACAAACAAAAUUGUUUUUCGCAGUAGAACUGCUCAUGAGAUUGAAAAAAUACAAAAGAAGUGUAAUGAUAUUGCCAAAGAUAUGUUUUAUUUGAAUCUGAACCCAAACCUUGUGGUGGUUGAACAUAGUAACAAUGUAAGGAGGGAAACUAGUUCUUUUGUGUUCGAAUCAGAUAUCACCGGAAGAGAAGAUGAUAAAAAAAAGAUCAUAAGCUUGUUGAGGCAAUCACAUGAUGAAAAUCACCAUGUCUCUGUGGUUGCUAUUGUUGGGAUUGGUGGAUUGGGAAAGACUGCUCUUGCUCAGUUGGUAUACAAUGAUCGUGAAGUAAAAGACAUGUUUGAAAAGAGUAUGUGGAUAUGUGUCUCUGAUAACUUUGAUGUCAAAACUAUUGUUAAGACAAUAAUUGAGUCACUAACCGAUAGCAAAAUCGGUGAUACUUUACCAUUGGAAAACUUGCAUAAUAUGCUUUGUGACAAUUUAACAGGUAAGAAAUACUUGUUAUUUUUAGAUGACAUUUGGAACGAGAAUGCUGAAAAAUGGGCUCGGUUGAGGACUUCUUUGAUGUGUGGUGCUCAAGGCAGUAAGAUUGUAGUUACAACUCGUUCUAAAAUAGUAGCACAAACAAUGGGUGUAAGUGUCCCCUAUAUUUUGAAUGGUUUGAAUUCAAUAGAAUCUUGGAGUUUAUUGAAGAACAUUGUAACAUAUCGAGAUGGGAUCAAAGAAGUGAACCAAAAACUUGAAUCAAUUGGUAAGAAGAUAGUAGAAAAGUGCAGUGGUGUUCCGCUAGCAAUCAAAAUGCUGGGAGGCCUAUUACGGCGCCAUAGUAAAGAAAAUGAAUGGAUUGCUAUUUUACAUGGUGACUUUUGGAAAAGUGAAUAUGAAAAAAGCAUAAUUCCAGUGUUAAAACUAAGUUACCAAAACUUGUCGCCUCGACUAAAACAAUGUUUUGCUUAUUGCUCUUUAUAUCCUAAGGAUUGGGAAAUACCAAAGGAUGAGUUGAUUCAACUUUGGAUGGCACAAGGUUAUCUUGAAUUUUCAAAUGAAAAACAGACCAUGGAAGAUAUUGCCGGCAAUGAUUGUUGUUACCUGGAUACUGAGACAAAAAGAGUUGUUGGAAGUCCCAUGCAUGUAAUGUUGAAAAGUGAUGCUAUUGGUUUGUCAAAGUCAAUGGAUGCAAGUAGGAUGCGGACAUUGAUUUUGUUGUCCAAACAUCAAGAUAUUUGGAAUGAGAAGGAAUUGCCUGUUAGUUUAAAAUUCAAAUACUUACAUGCCUUGAAGUUGUCAUAUUGUUCUAUAAGACUAGAAGACCUUUUCAAAUCCAUUGGUAACAUUGUUUUUCUUCAAACACUAAUAUUGGAAGGGUGUGAAGGAGUUGAAUUUUCUACAAAAGAUAUCUUAAGUUUAAUUAAUUUGAGACAUCUUCAUAUUGAAAAUUUAAAAGCAUUUAAAGAGAAGAAGACAACAGCUGGAUUUGGAAAAUUAAGCUUGGGGGAGUGGUAUAAGAGUUUAACUUUUUCCAAUUGGCUUUCUUCACUCACAAACAUUGUUGAAAUAUUUCUUAUUAAGUGUCAAGGUGUGCAGUAUCUCCAACCAAUUGAACGUCUCCCAUUCCUAAAGUCACUUGUUAUUGAUGACCUUCAUGAAUUGGAGUACAUAUAUUAUGAAGAGUCUCUUUUGUCUGAAGCAUUCUUCCCUUCUUUGGAGGUCCUCAGAAUUUUUGGAUGUGAAAAGUUGAAGGGAUGGUGGAGGGUAAGGGAUGAUAUCAUUGGUGAUGAUAACUCUUCACAAUCAUAUCAUCUCUCCUUUUUUCCUUGUCUUUCUUACUUAACUAUCAUUGAUUGUCCAAUGUUGACUCACAUGCCUACUUUUCCAAACCUCUACAAGAAAUUCGUUUUUUGGAAUUGUAAAAUGGACGCAUUGGAAGCAACAUUAAACAUGGUAAAAUCAAAUGGUUCCAUUGCAUUCCUUCCACUUUCCAUGCUAAAAGAUCUGUUUCUUGGCGGACAUGAGCUGGACGUUAAAGCACUCCCAAGUGAUUGGAUGGAAAAUCUGACUUCUCUCAAGCAUCUUGUAUUUUAUGAUAUUCCAAAUCAAACAUUUCAUGAAAUUGAAAUUUGUUUUAAGGACAAACUCAUUUGUCUUCCUUCCUUGCAAAAGAUUGAAAUUUCUGAUUGUUCCGAUCUAGAGGCAUUUCCAGUUUGGAUUUGCAACAUUCCGUCACUUCAACAUGUCACCAUUUCAGAAUGUAAAAUUUUAGCUUCACUGCCCGAUGGAAUGCCUCGCCUUGCUAAAUUACAGACCCUAGAAAUCAUUGAGUGUCCUCUCUUAAUUGAGGAAUGCCGGACAGAAACAAGUGCGACAUGGUCUAAAAUUGCUCACAUCCCCAACAUAAUCUUAAAGUGA